AUGCAAGACCAGAACACCUUCCUUUACAUUGUGAUAGUGUUAUUGAUACUGUUCUUCUAUGUUACCAAGACUAUAUUGAAGCGUGGUGGCGUUGAACCUCUGACAUUGCGAACACUCUACACCUUGUUGCUGGCAGUGGGCGUAGUCUGCAUAGGUUGGUCAAUGAUGAUGGACCAAGAGCUGAUCUUUAAACAAUACUUGGGUACAAAGGUGCCCACUGGCUAUAUAUACAACGACACAUGGCGACUGUCUUGCUCAAUACUCUGCGGCACGCUGGCAGUAGGUCACACAGCAUGCCAGUUGAUCACAUUGUUUGUAAUCAUUUGGAGACUGCGCAACAUCCAACAACAGCCACAACAGAGCAAGUCAUCAAUACGUCGACUAAUGUUUAUCAACAUUGCAAUAUGUAUUGUCAUUCAAUUCAUUGUUUAUAAUGGCACGAGAUACCUAUGGGUCUACCCUCCAUUGGAGCCAGAGGAGUACGACAUACCAUCGAACCAAAUACUCAUCUCUGCAUUCAAGACCAUCUUGCUGAUACCUCUUCAAAUAAUGACGCUAUUCUUCUUGGAGAUAACAUACAUGUUUCAAUCAAUCACCUCCUCAUCAACUUCAACGACAACGACACCGACAUCGAAGAACAUGACGAAGAAGCAGGAAUAG